GGUCCGAGGACGGGGCUCUUCCCUCCCGUCCCCGCUCUGCGGAGCCCGACCUGCCUGUAGUUGCGGUCCUUAAUUGUGUCAAAAGCACUACAGGUGAUCCACGUCGAAUUUGGGCCAGGCGUGCAGUAGAAAGGGCAUGGGGAGAAGGGAGACGCAUCAUAAAAGGGGUUGUACCUGCUCAGGACUGUGAACAACUCUUAAAAUUAUGUGUCUGGGCUCUGGCUCCUCUAGUCCCCGCGAAUGUCAGUUCCCCCUGUACGGGGAGGGAGACAUACAUCUUGCUCCUGUGCAGUGCGCGCUAGCUCAGUUUACCGCUCCCUCCGUUGGCCUUUCCAAACAGGCGUCUGCUUUUCCGCACCGACAGGGCUCUGCCCAGGCAAAUGCUGCUAGGAUACCCUCCCGCUGCCGCCUGUGCUGGACACUUGGAAGCUCACCUGAACCUCUCCACCUGGGAAUGCGGUCUACAAGAGUACACCCCUGCCCUGCUUAGCCUAGAAGAUCCACCAUGAGGCGAGGUGGAUGGAGGAAGCGAGCUGAAAAUGAUGGCUGGGAAAAAUGGGGCGGGUACAUGGCUGCCAAGGUCCAGAAGCUGGAAGAGCAGUUUCGCUCAGACGCUGCUAAGCAGAAGGACGGGACGCCGUCAGCAAUAUUUAGUGGAGUCGCCAUCUACGUUAACGGAUACACAGAUCCUUCCGCUGAGGAACUGAGAGAUCUAAUGAUGUUGCAUGGAGGUCAAUACCAUGUGUAUUAUUCUAGAUCAAAAACAACCCACAUCAUUGCUACAAACCUUCCUAAUGCCAAAAUUAAAGAAUUAAAAGGGGAAAAAGUAAUUCGGCCUGAAUGGAUUGUGGAAAGGGUAAUCCUUGGAGGCCAAAUGAUGUUGCCGCCUCAGCUGCAAGAGAGCAGAGGAGAUAAUACAGACAAGCAGCAGGAAGCAGUCAUAAGCAGGACUUGA